AUUGUGGCUGGAAUCAAGUACACCAUAAAAGUUGAGAUUGCCCGGACAACUUGCCAAAAGCCAGUAACUGAUAUCCAGAACUGUGCUUUCCAUGAUGUUCCGCAGAUGGCUAAGCAUGCUGUUUGCACCUUUGUAGUGUACAGCAUUCCUUGGCAAAACCAAAUUACACUACAGUCGAGUACCUGCCAGUAG